GCCGGGCGGACGCCGAGCCGCGCCCACGCCUCCUGGAGCAGGACAGGGCAGGGUUGUCAGGGCAACUGUUAGCAGAGGCUAUCGCGGUGUCCCCUCUGUGCCGUGUGCGGAAUAGCUUACUGUGCGGCGGCCGGGGAGAAGACUGGGGAGAGGCGCCCCCGCGGGAAGAGCUGCGAUCUGACUGAACAGGGGAUCUAUUACAAGUGCUCAAAUGAACCGGCCGCUUAGAAACUAGCAGCUUCCUGGGAGCUGCAAUUACAUAAGCAUAUAUUUUUAAUAUAAUAAUAAUUAAAAAACAAGUAGCCGCGGUAUGCCUGGAUCUGCUACAGCUAUCCGACAAGAGAGACUGAAGAAGACCAGUGCAAGGCCAAUUGCCCUUGGUUUAUUCACCAUUAACGAGGAAGAUGAACAGCAAAAGAAUGGAAAUUCCAGAAGACCAAAAGCGCCUGAAAGCUACAAAGUGCAAGAUAAGAAAAAUGCUGCCUCCAGCCGGCCCUCUGCUAUUUCGGGACAAAAUAGCAACUACUCAGGAAAUAAGCCAGACCCUCCUCCCGUGCUUCGGGUGGACGACCGGCAGCGACUGGCCAGGGAGCGACGUGAGGAGCGCGAAAAGCAGCUAGCUGCAAGAGAAAUAAUCUGGUUAGAACGGGAAGAGCGAGCCCGGCUGCACUAUGAAAAGCAUCUGGAAGAGCGGAAGAAGAAACUGGAAGAACAGAGGCUGAAGGAGGAGCGGAGGAGGGCUGCUGUGGAGGAAAAGCGGAGGCAAAGGCUGGAGGAAGACAAAGAACGCCAUGAAGCUGUUGUACGACGGACGAUGGAAAGGAGCCAGAAGCCAAAACAGAAGCAUAACCGGUGGUCAUGGGGAGGCCCUCUCCAUGGGAGCCCCAGCAUCCACAGUGCAGAUCCAGACAGGCGGUCAGUUUCCACCAUGAAUCUUUCGAAACAUGUUGAUCCCGUCAUUAGCAAGCGGCUCUCCUCUUCAUCUGCAACUUUACUAAAUUCUCCAGAUAGAGCUCGCCGCCUGCAGCUCAGCCCAUGGGAGAGCAGCGUUGUUAACAGACUGCUGACGCCCACACAUUCGUUCCUGGCCAGAAGUAAAAGCACAGCGGCCUUGUCUGGAGAUACAGCAUCUUGCAGCCCCAUCAACAUCAUGCCCUCCAAAGCUGCACACUCUAGAAAUCUGACGGAUCGGCCAAAAUUCUUGGUAACGCCACCGGAGGGCUCAGCGCGAAGGAGGACGGCUCAUGGCACCGCGGCCUAUAAAAGAGAGAGGGACAGAGAAAACCUACCCUUCCAGCCCACAUCUGGCAUUCGGAGAGUGCUAUCUCCUUCUCAUCCCAAAGCAAGAUCACCAGCUCCCUCCCGACUUUGGCUGCCAUCCAAAUCCUUUCCUCACCUGCCUGGCACACCCAGGCCAACCUCCUCCUUGCCUCUCGGAUCAGUCAAAGCUGCCCCUGCUCAGGUCCGGCCGCCAUCCCCUGGCAACAUCCGCCCCGUCAAGAGAGAAGUCAGAGUGGAACCUGAGAGGAAAGACCCCGAGAGGGAACCCCAGAACGUUGCCAAUGAGCCAUCACUUAAGGGCAGAACACCUUUAGUGAAGGUGGAAGAAGCCACAGUUGAAGAGGGGACACCUGCUGAGCCAGAGGCUGCUCCUGCUGCUUCAGCCCCAGCCCCAGCACUGGCCCCCGUUCCAGCGCCGGUCCCAGCCCCAGCGUCAGCCCCAGCCCCAGCGUCAGCCCCAGCCUCGCCAUACACUGUGACUGCCGCCACUUCUCCCAAGACCUCCGCAGGUACCACUGACCCAGAAGAGGCCACGAGGCUGCUAGCUGAGAAGAGGCGGCUGGCCCGAGAACAGAGAGAAAAGGAGGAAAGAGAGAAGAGGGAGAAGGAAGAGCUGGGAAGACAAAAAAGAGAGGAGCUGGCGCAGAAGGUGGCGGAGGAGCGGGCUCGGCGGGAGGAGGAAUCCCGCCGGCUGGAGGCCGAGCAGGCCCGGGAGAGGGAAGAGCAGCUGCGGCGGCAGGCGGAGGAGCGGGAGCGGCGCGAGCGCGAGGACCAGGAGCGCGCCCAGAAGCAGAAGGAAGAAGAAGCUCGCCUUCGUGAGGAAGCAGAGAGGGUUCGGCAGGAGCGAGAGAAGCAUUUCCAGAGAGAAGAGCAGGAGCGCCUGGAAAGGAAAAAGCGACUCGAGGAGAUUAUGAAAAGAACCAGGCGAACAGAAGCUACAGAUAAGAAAACUGUUGAUCAGAGAAAUGGAGAUAUAACCAAGGGAGCUCUCCCUGGAGGAACAGUGGUAUCUGCAUUUCCAUGUAUGACAAACUCUCCAGGAAAUGGAGAACCAAUGAGCAGCCCACAUGCGGUCACCUCACACCAAUCGACAGUGACUGUGGAGAGUACUCCCAAUUUGGAAAAACAACCAAGUGAAAAUGGAGUAUCUGUUCAGAAUGAAAAUUUCGAGGAAAUUAUAAACUUACCCAUUGGAUCUAAACCAUCCAGAUUAGAUGUCGCCAACAGUGAGAGCCCAGAAAUUCCUUUGAAUCCAAUUCUGGCCUUUGAUGAUGAAGGGACACUUGGGCCCCUGCCUCAGGUAGAUGGUGUUCAAACACAACAGACAGCAGAAGUUAUAUGAGCAUUUCUUCUGAAGAACCAAAGCAGAAAUUUAAAAAGAAUUUCUACAAUUAAUGGAAUUCCUUCCAUGCUAUAAAGGAGCAUUCCCCUCCUCCAGUUUUCUAAAGGUUCCUUGACCAUCAUUUUGAAAAGACUUUAUUAAAACCAGCUAAAGACAACAGACUGGAUAGCUUUUCUAAUAAUUUUCGCCAAUAGAGAAAAAAAUGUUCCUUAUUCUUCAGUACUUUUAAAAUGGCUUUUUCCAGUGUGCUCCUUCUUAGCAAAUCAAUAUUUUUCUGCGUUCUCUAAAAGAUGAGAGCAUUUGGCUAUU